AUGCGGUUGCUUGCAAGUUGCGUCGAUAGUGGCUCUUUGAAAGAGAUAUUGUGCAAUGUUGGGACCGAUACUUCGAAAAAAGCAGAGAUCCAGCCAUUGAGCAUUAGGACUUCGUUGAGCGAGGGUUUGAAAGCUUCCAUAGAUACUUUAUGUUUAUGUGAUCGUUAUAGGAUUCUUUUGGGUAGGAACAAUGGUACUCUGGAGAUGGUAAAGAUCGUAGACGUGCCGCAUACAGAGGAGGAAGGUACACAAUUGCCUACAUUCCAGGUUUCCGAAUUUGAAGUGUUGGACUCAAUCUCAGGAAUGCUAGAUGACUCGAAACUGGCUCCGUUGUACGAGGGAUCAAAGAAAAGAGUGAAGCUAACGGACGGUUUCGUCACGAUUAGUCAAUUACCUGGUCUAAAAGACUCAUAUCUUGUAGCUACGAGGUCAGGAUUGAUUAGUGUUGUGAAAUGGGAUGCCAAGGAGUCCAAAUUGACCAAAAUUGAAACUUUUGAAGUGAAAGCACCACUAGAAUUUGCGCAAUUGUAUGAUCUGGGUCAGGACAACAGUAGUGGAGACUUUGUACUCGCCUAUGGUGGAGAAGAGAAUUCAGUAAAGCUCGUGCAGCUGAAACGAGACUAUUCAUCCUUGGUUCAGGUCUGGGAAGCUAAAAAUGUGAAAAACGAUAAAUUAGACCUCAGAGUACCAAUAUGGCCAGUUGCACUAAGAUUUCUACGGCCACUCGAAUCUACAGAUGUGGAAAAGUCAAAACUUAACUACCAAUUUGUCGUAAUUACCCGUUGGUCUCAUUUGGGACUAUACAGAACUCAGCACGGUAGGAAGCCGCUUCAGUAUAAAGAAUUGUUGCCAAAUAGAGAACCUCUUACGCAGUUGCAACUUGUUGGGAAGGAUGUUUCUGAGCUUGGAAACAUUUUUGCCACGGAUUUCAAGGAUUUUGAAAUUGUAACGGCAGAUACAAAGCAUAACGUAUACAAAUUUGAUAUCAAAGGGAAGCUGCAAUUGAAGUUUGGUAAAACCGAUAUAACAGGUGCAUCCUCCUUCCUAGCCGUGCAUGACCAGAAAUACUUGUUACAAGGUGGUCUUGACAGAUACGCAAGGAUUUUUGAUCUUCAAUCGGGAACCAGACUGGCAAAAGUUUAUACCGGCAGUAAGGUCAAUUAUCUGUUAAUGCUCGAUGACGACCAAGUUGGCAUUGAUAAACCAAAGGUUACAAAAGAUAAAAAAAGGAAACCUGAGCCAGAAGAUGAAGAAGAACAAGAAGCACAAAACGAUGAACUUUGGCACCAUCUGGAUAAGUCAAAACAGAACUCUGUCAAGAAGGCAAGAAAAUGA